ACACACGGCAGGACAGUGCUGGGUGAGAACACAGCACAGCAUCCCACUUGAUUUUUUUCAGCAGCAGUUCCAGCACUAAGUCUUAGCUGAGGGCUGCAGAGUGUUGAGAUUGCACUGCUGAGCAGGGUACAGAAUCCCAAUCCCACCUGGGGCCUGCAGGAACCAGGUCAGGAUUCCGCUGUGCUACCCCAGCCCUCCCCUUCUCUGCUGUUUCAGUUCUUUGGGACAUUCUGUGCUGUUUUAUUCAUUUCUCCCCAGCUUCUCUUCCCUGCCUCGUCACUGUCUUUCUUUGAAAUGCAUCUCACACUGAGUGACCUUUCCAGGCCCGCUAGCUCUCCGCUCACCCUCUUGCUAGGGGAAUUUAAUCUGCUGGCACUGCAGUUGUUUCUGUGCCUUUUAUUAGACAUGCAUUCUUGGUGGCACCCUACGACCUUUAAAUUCAACCGAGCUGAAAAGCACACAAAGUAGCCAGCUCUGGCUUUCUCUGAUGAGGAACUUUUUUAGCAAGGUUGGAGGGAGGAUAAAGGAAGCCCAGUGUCUCCUUGCAGGGCUGGCACGACAUCUGCUCCCCUUUGUCUUGAUGGGCUUCAGGAAUCCCACUUGAGGCUCGUGCAGUGUGGCUGAGCUCUCCUCCAUUGAAACACUGCAGCUUCUCACCUCAGUUUGCUGUUGCCAGCACCUGCAGCAGGAUGCAGAGCUUUGUUCUGGACUGGAAUUCAGCUGUUAACCCAUCUGCUGUGGAGGUGCAUCACUCUGAGCAGGCAUUUCUCUACCACUGUGCCAUUCCUGGAGGCCUUGAAGGCCCCAGCUCUCACCUGGGGGUGCUCCAUGUCCCCUGCUUUCCAGCAGCCCACGCCUCACACCAGUGUUGGAGUUCACAAGCUAUAAAAAGUCUUCCCUUUGCCAUUUGGAGUUAUGUUCUGCAGUCUCAGCACAUCUGCGUGCUGCAGCUCCUGCAUGGCUCAGGGCUCUGCAGCCUGAAGAGAGAGCAGGGCUUGGGACGGGGCACAGGGACAACUCCCAUCGUCCUUCUGGAGAAACUCCUCAGGUUGGGAGCCCUCAGGGAUGGGAAGAGGCCCGGUGCCCCCCUCAGUGGGGACUUCCUAAUCUGAAAGCCAUCUCCUCCAGGCCGCUGGUCCUCAGCCUCCCACAGGGCUGCUUUCCGCUUUUAGUGAGCAGAGGCACCUCAGGCUGCUGAGGAAGGUCAGGAGAGCCGCGGGGAGCCGCAAAGCAGGGCAGCACAGGCCCCGGGGAGCGGCGGCCGGGAUGCAGCGCGGGGAGCUGAGCGCCUGCGGCUCCGUGGAGGUGAAGGAGCGGCCCCGCGAGGGGGCGCUGUGAUGCCGCCUCCCGCCUCGGCGUACUGCAUCUCCCAGCAGGCGGUGCGGCUUGACGUCACUCUCUCACGUGACGCGGGGAGGCGGGGCGUCGGGCGGAAGCGCGGCCCUGAGGCAGGCGCGGCGGCGGAAGCGGAGCCGACGGGCGGUGGAGCGGCCAUGGUGUCCGGCAAGCAGCUGGCUGAUUUCGGCUACAAGGCCUUCUCCGGUUCCAUGAUGCUGCUGACGGCGUACGGCGGGUACCUGUGCGGCGUCCGGGCCUACCGCUUGCUGCAGAACCGCCGCGCCCGGCAGGCCUCGGCCGGCCCCGAGAGCUGAGGGCGGAGGGCUCGGUGCCGCCGCGGCGCCGAGCUGCGCUCUCGGAAGGGCCCGGAGCGCAAUAAAACCACGUGGAAACGCC